AUGAUACGCUCCGUUACACCCCCACCAGAGGAGCCUAUGCAGCUGGGUCAAGCGCGCCUGACUGCUGAGGAGCGCCCGCGGUGCCGCCAGUCCCCACAGGAACAUCAGUUCCACGUACGCCAGGUCCUCCAGUGUCUACUAGAGAAUAAACUUUAUGUCAAGGCAGAGGAGUUCCCUCUUCUUGUCCUCAUAUUUUUUUGCGUCUCGUCUCGUGUUGCAGCGGCCAUCUUGGAUGAGCAGGCGUCAUGGUGCGGGCGCGGGGAGCGGGGAGCCCUCACCCUGGCGAGAGAGAGCGUCAACGAACAGCUCCAAGGUUCUGCUCGAGGGAGGGUGGAGGUGGACAUAUUUGACCUGCAGAGGGACUCACAGUACCAUACUACAGAGACAAUGUGUCAGAUUUUGCCGAAGGGCGUGGUCUCUGUAAUUGGCCCCGCCUCCAGCCCUGCCUCUGGAUCCACCGUGAGUCACAUUUGCGGAGAGAAGGAGAUUCCUCACGUGAAGAUUGGUCCAGAGGAGACACCGAAGCUCCCGUAUCUGCGCUUUGCCUCGGUCACUCUGUACCCAAGCAACGAGGACCUGAGUCAGGCCAUCUCCUCUGUGCUCAGCUCCUUUGGGUCUCCCACCACCAGCCUCAUCUGUGCCAAAGCAGAGUGCCUGCUGCGACUGGAGGAGCUGGUGCGGCACUUCCUGAUUUCCCGGGAAACUCUUUCCGUGCGGAUGUUGGACGAGAGCCAGGACCCGACUUCUCUGCUCAAAGAAAUCCGAGACGACAAAGUGGCUAUGAUUAUAAUCGAUGCCAAUGCUUCAACCUCCUACAGCGUCCUACGAAAGGCAAAGGAGCUGGGCAUGAUGUCGGCCUUCUACAAGUACAUCCUCACCACCAUGGACUUCCCUCUACUGCGUCUUGAUGGUGUAGUGGACGAUCAGUCAAACAUUGUGGGCUUCUCGAUGCUAAACACAAGCCACGCCCUUCACUCUGACUUCAUGCGCAGCCUCAACCUGUCCUGGAGAGAGGGCUGUGUCUUAGGACAGUACCCCGGGCCCUCUAUCUCCUCUGCUCUCAUGUUUGACGCCGUGCACGUAGUUGUCAGCGCGGUGCGGGAAUUGAACCGAAGUCAGGAGAUUGGAGUGAAACCGCUCAGCUGCAGCUCUCCUCUUAUCUGGCAACAUGGGACCAGCCUCAUGAACUACCUGCGCAUGGUGGAGUACGACGGUCUGACUGGACACAUUGAGUUUAACAGUAAAGGUCAGAGGACUAACUACACACUGAAGAUCUUGGAGAAGCACCGCGGGGGUCACCGAGAGAUCGGGAUAUGGUUUUCCAACAACACUCUGGCCAUGAACUCCACGUCUCUGGAGCUCAACGCCUCCGAGACUCUGGCCAACAAGACGCUAAUCGUUACCACCAUCCUGGAGAGUCCCUACGUGAUGAGGAAGUCCCGGUACCAGGAGUUCUCUGGGAACGACCAGUAUGAAGGCUUCUGUGUGGACAUGCUCCGAGAACUCUCCCAGAUCCUGCGCUUCUCCUUCAGGAUCAAACUGGUGGACGAUGGCCUCUAUGGAGCUCCAGAGCCCAAUGGCAGCUGGACCGGCAUGGUGGGAGAGCUCAUCAACAGGAAAGCAGACCUGGCUGUAGCCGGAUUCACCAUCACCUCGGAGAGAGAGAAAGUUAUUGAUUUCUCCAAACCGUUUAUGACCCUCGGCAUCAGCAUCCUCUACAGAGUCCACAUGGGUCGUAAGCCGGGGUACUUUUCCUUUCUUGACCCCUUCUCUCCGGCUGUGUGGCUCUUCAUGCUCCUCGCCUACCUUGCUGUGUCCUGUGUGCUCUUCCUCGCUGCCAGGUUGAGUCCUUACGAGUGGUAUAAUCCUCACCCCUGCUCGCGGCACAGACAGGACGUGGUGGAGAACCAGUACUCUCUGGGGAACAGCCUGUGGUUUCCUGUGGGUGGGUUCAUGCAGCAGGGGUCAGAGGUCAUGCCCCGAGCGCUGUCCACGCGCUGUGUUAGCGGAGUCUGGUGGGCGUUCACUCUGAUCAUCAUCUCCUCGUACACAGCGAAUCUCGCAGCGUUUCUCACCGUUCAGAGGAUGGAGGUCCCCAUCGAGUCUGCGGACGACCUUGCUGACCAAACCAACAUUCAGUACGGCACCAUUCACGGGGGCUCCACCAUGACCUUCUUUAUGAACUCCCGGUACCAGACGUACCAGCGCAUGUGGAACUACAUGUACUCUAAACAGCCCAGUGUGUUUGUGAAGAGCACAGAGGAGGGUAUUGCCCGCGUCCUAAACUCCAAGUACGCCUUUCUGAUGGAGAGCACCAUGAAUGAGUACUACAGGAGCACCAACUGUAACCUGACCCAGAUCGGAGGUCUACUGGACACCAAGGGCUACGGCAUUGGCAUGCCUCUGGGCUGCCCGUACAGAGAUGAGAUCACACUGGGCAUCCUUCAGCUGCAGGAGAGUAACCGACUGGAGAUCCUGAAGAGGAGGUGGUGGGAGGGGGGACAGUGUCCCAAGGAGGAGGACCACCGUGCCAAAGGUCUAGGAAUGGAGAACAUCGGAGGGAUCUUUGUGGUCCUGAUCUGUGGUCUGAUCAUCGCUGUGUUUGUGGCCAUCAUGGAGUUUGUGUGGUCCACGCGCCGCUCGGCAGAAACUGAUGAGGUAUCUGUGUGUCAGGAGAUGUUGACCGAGUUCAGGAAUGCCGUCUCGUGUAAGAAGAGCUCUCGUUCUCGCCGCCGCCGCCAUCUUGGACACCUCACCAGCUCUGGGGGCGGGAUCCUGCGCGCUCCAUCCCGAUUGGCUCUGGCCGGUCCCCGUCCAAUCCGAUUGAUCCGCGACAUGCGCCUCAGCAACGGCAAACUGUACAGUGGCACGGGUACGCUGACUGGAUCUGUGCCACCUGAUCUGGGCCCGGGACCUCAGAGACUCCUGGACGAGGCUUUGGGGCUGAACUUAUCUACAGCUCCAUCUGCUUUAGCUGUAGCCCCACCCACUGCCCUCAUAGCCCCACCCCCUCCUCCACCUCGCAGUUUCCUCCAAAGCUGCAGUCACGUUCGCAUUUGCCAGGAGUGUAGAAGGAUACAGAAUUUACGCCCAGCAAAUUUCACACCACCCCUUCAGAGCUCAGCGAUGACCUCCAGGAUCACGCUAAACCCACACCCACACCAAAACCCCCGCCUCCACUACCACUACCACCAUGGGUCCAUGUCGUUACCGCGGUUACCCCAACAUGCCCCUCCCAUUGCGGCCGAGCGGGCAGACAGUGACGGAGGAACUGCCAGCAGCCCCAGACGAAGCAAAUCCAAACCUUUACCUCCGCCUAGACCAAUGCCUCCAGCCAAAUCACCCACGUCUACGGACCUCCUGGGGUCACAUGACUGAGGGACAGGCUCUGACAGGCUGCGUGGUGUCAUGUGACCAAAGGGGUGAGGAGAGGGAACAACAGCUGGAAAUACUACAGUGACCACCCAAAUGUGAAUUCAAGAACAGAACAAGGCGCAAACUACAGUGUGUAUGGUCCAGCAGCUCCUGAAGACACGCAAGGUUUGGGAAACAGAAUGUACGAAUUGGACACCUGAAUGGUUUGUUAUAGAGAGUAAUCACAGAGAAACAAAACAAGGCAUCAGAAAGCU